AUGGACUUUGAUCCUUUCUUGGUGAUCAAAAGGGAACAAGCCUGGGUCGGGGCCUUGGCCAUGGGCAUGAUCUUCUUCUGUUCACCUGUGGUCAGCAUGUUCACAGACCGCUUCGGCUGCAGGAAGACAGCCGUCAGUGGGGCAUUGGUGGCUUUUAUAGGGCUGCUAAGUACAUCCUUUGCAAACUCCCUGAGCCUUCGCUAUUUCACAUAUGGCAUACUGUUCGGCUGUGGCUCCUCCUUUGCCUUCCAGCCCUCAUUAGUCAUCCUCGGCCAUUACUUCCGCCAGCGCCUGGGUCUGGUCAAUGGCGUGGUGACGGCCGGUGCCAGCCUCUUCUCCAUGGGCCUCCCGGUUUUACUGAACAAGGUGGUGGAACCUCUGGGCCUCAGCAGGACCUUCCAGAUCCUCAGCCUCUUCAUGCUGGUCCAGGCCCUGCUGGCGUUGCUGUUCAAACCAUUACUGCCUGCUGGGGGAGGCAUGGGACCCCCAGGCAUGGGUCCUGGCUCUGGAAAACCCCAAACCCAGUCAAUGGCCACCGCUCAGGGGGGCAGCAGGUGGAGCAGGCUCCUCGGUGGGGUCAGGAAGUCAUUCAACCUGCGGGUGUUUCACAUCGUGACGUACCGAGUGUGGGCGUUUGGAGUAGCUACAGCUGUACUCGGCUACUUCGUGCCAUACGUCCAUCUGAUGAGUUUUGUGAAGCAGCAGUUCAAGGGAACCCAGAAGGAGUGGGUUCUCCUGGUCUGCAUAGGAGCUUCAUCUGGGGUGGGACGCCUUGCUUUCGGCAAGAUUGGAGACCUCCUUUCUGGUCUGCAAAAAAUCUACAUGCAGGUGAGGAAAUGUUUAGAGGCAUAA